AUGGACGCACUGGAUAGUUUUAUAAAAAAGAAAAAGGAAGAAAUCAAAGAAAUUAAAGGAAAUAAGAGAUGGUUCAAACAAGCAGAUUUGGAAGAUCAAAAAAAUAAAGAAAUUAACAAAUUUUACGAAAAAGAAUAUAAAAAAAAAAAAGUUGAGGAAUAUGAAAGAUUAAAGAAAUUGAAUGAUGAACUAGACCUAAAACAUAAAAAAAGUAGCGCAGAUAUAGAUAAUGAAGAAGCAAAUAUAGGUUAUAAAAAUAAAUUAGGACACUUUGAGCAGUUUAUCAUAAAUAAGCUGUUCCAAAUAACAUUAAGUAACAAACAAAUCAUUAUUCUACUACGGCAAUUAAAAGAGCCUAUAAGAUUGUUUGGUGAAACUGAUCUACAAAGGUAUAAUAGGUUGAAAGAGCUAAAAAUAAACAAAAAUGAGUUGAAGAGUAAGGAGCAAAACGUGUUUGGUGAUGUCCUAAGAGGGAGAUUAAAAGAAAAUUCUCUAGAUUUAAUUGAGGACAAUUUGGAAGAUGAAAUUGAGAACACUAAUUCGAAGGAAGCAGUAAAAUUAGAAAGAUCCUCCAAUGAAAAGCAAAAUAAUGAAAACGGAAAAGAAUUAGAUAAAGAAAAAAUUAUAUAUGACUGGAUAAAAAGUACUAUGAAAGAAUGGAACGAAGAAAUUGAGAAUAACGAGGACAGUAAAAAGAAAAUAAAACAAGCUACAUACUUGCAAACACAUAAAGACCUAAGGCCGCUUGAAAAAAAAUUAAAACAAAAAAGCCUGGAACUUGACAUACUCGAAAAAAUAUACAACAUAGUUUCUUGUUGCCAAAAGAGGAACUUUAAGGCCGCUCAUGAUGCUUAUAUGCUGCUAGCCAUAGGGAAUGCUGCUUGGCCUAUGGGGGUUACAAUGGUCGGGAUUCAUGAGAGAGCAGGACGGUCGAAAAUCUUUGCCUCCGAAGUCGCACAUAUUCUAAACGAUGAAACAACGAGAAAAUACAUUCAAAUGAUUAAGAGGCUGCUGUCUUUUUGCCAAAGAAAAUAUUGCACAAACCCGUCAGAGGCCGUUAACCUGUCGACAAUUCAUAUUUAA